AUGCUGACCCUGACCUCUGACUCCCAGCCUUCGGAACUGCCAUCUUGGCGACUGCUCUUGAUUGGGGUCUUCUGGCACCUAAGACAGGAGGGUCGUAGCCCCGCAAAGAAGAUGAAAAAGUCACUGGAGACAAUCAACCCUAGGCUCCAACUUGUUAUGAAAAGUAGAAAGUGUGCUCUGGGGUACAAGCAGACUCUGAAAAUGAUCAGACAUGGCAAAGUGAAACUGAUCCUCCUUGCCAACAACUGCCCAGGCUUGAGGAAAUCUGAAAUAGAAUAUUGUACCAUGUUGGCCAAAAGUGGUGUCCAUCACUACAGUGGCAAUAAAAUUGAAUUGGGCACAACAUGUGGCAGAUAUUACAGAGUAUGCACACAAGUUGUCAUUGAUCCAGGUGAUUCUAAUGUCAUGAGAAGCCUGCAGACUGGGGAAAGUUGGCUGAUGCCUCCUGUCCAGAGUUAUAAAUGCCACUGUGCGGCCAUUGUCUUGUCAGAUGUUAAGCUACUUGUUCUGCAACAAAAGGAACAGCACCAGCAGUAA